CCAAGUUCUUACAAUUUCGAUAGUCCUUAAAAAAAAUUGCGAUUCUUCUUCAGAAAUUUUAAAAAUUGAAUCAACAACAAAAACAUGAAAAAUGGAAUCAAGUGACCAAAAUAAAAUGACGUGAAUAAAAGUAUUGCGCUCUUCAAUAGCGCGCAUCGCGCCUUUUCACGAAGCAAAGGCACUCCGAAGAUCGGCCAAUGUUGGCAGGAUUGCAGCAAGGUUCACCCGGCGAUGGUACAUCGAUGAGGGAAAGGCGUGGGCAACGCUAUGAUGAGGAGCUUCUCAGUUUGGAAUAGUUCAGUGAUUCGUCCCAAAAACCAGAAAAGGAAUGUUUUCUUCUCGCUGAUUUUAGUCCUCGCUUUUUGUGCUACGGCUCCAGGCUUGAAAUUAUCGACUGUAGAUUGCGGCUUGAGCAUAAGUAAAAGUCACCGGCAACCAAGAGCCAAUUAUACCUCUUUUUCCGAGGGACGCCUCAUCAACGGAAAGGAGUCUCUACAAGGUGCUUGGCCAUGGCAGGUUUCUUUGCAGCUUCUCCAUCCAAAGUUUGGACUUAUUGCUCAUUGGUGUGGUGGAGUUCUCAUAAGGCCAUCUUGGAUUCUGACUGCUGCACAUUGCAUUCACAAUGACGUGUUCAGCCUCCCAUUAGCGGCUUUGUGGACGGCCGUUCUGGGUGACUGGAAUCGGGACAUCGAGGAAAACACCGAAGUCAGGAUUCCGAUCGAAAGUAUCGUCAUCCACGAGGCAUUCCACAAUUACCAGCAUGACAUAGCUUUACUGAAGCUCUCCCGGUCCUUGAACCAGCGUGACCGCGGCGUACGGUCAAUCUGCCUGAUGGAGGCGGGGUCAGCGUCGGGGUCAGGGGUUGCUGAGCGGGAGAUGGAGGGCGCGAAGGACUUGACGCGGCUCUGCGUGGCCACCGGGUGGGGCCGCACGGACGCCAAGGGGGCCCUCUCUUCGACCCUGAGGCAGAUCAAGGUACCCCUCCAUGAUAACGCCGUCUGCAAGAGCAAGUAUGAGCCCAGCGUCCUCAUUCAGCGAGGGCAUCUCUGCGGGGGCAAGUUGGACGGGCACAGCGGCGCUUGCGUGGGAGACUCUGGUGGACCCCUGCAGUGCAUCCUGAAGGACGGUCGGUGGUUUUUGGCCGGGAUCACUUCUUUCGGAUCGGGAUGUGCCAAGCCCGGCUACCCGGAUGUCUACACGAGACUCUCAUUCUACGUGCCCUGGAUUCGGGCUCAAAUCAAGAAAUACUCGGAAAAGUCCAAGGACAGCUGAUGACUUUCGGAAAGCGUAUAUAGUUACUCCAAACCGCGUGACAAAAAACUCCUUUAGGUUCAGUUACACGAUCAAAUUGAGCCAUCAAACUGAGGCUCUGAUUGGUGGAAAAAGACCUGAGGCGAGGAUGCUACCAAUGAGAGGCCCAAUUUGAUGGCUCAAUUUGAUCGUGUAACUGGACCUUUUCAGUUGAGUUCCUGCAAGAGUUCACUGGAAAAAAAGUCGCUUGGAUAAGACAGAGUCAAGACUAGAGACUAGUGAGUCUUGACUCUAGACUCACGUCUAGAGUCAAGACUCUUAAAAACGUUGACGAGAAAAAAUACUCUCGAUUCAGUCGGACUGAUAGGUCGGUAAAUACAUCGAUAUAUUGCAAAGCAUGCUACGCCAAUUUUUGCUAGGUAUAAAAAGCUGUAAAAUUAAAUUACCCGAAGCUUGUUUUAUAUUAAUUAUCAGGCAGUACACGGAAAAAAGCGGUAUGGGUUAUUGGAUGAUAUGGGCAUUUCCGAUUAAUUAGGUUACUAACCGAAAUGUCGCGGCACCACUCCAACUUGAGUUGUGGCAUUACCACAAUUAAUUAGGAAUACCUACAUUAUCCAACAGAGCGGGGUAGUACCACAAUUUCAGGGAAUAACCCCUCACACUUUUCCCCGUGUAAAAUUACUUGGAGCAGGGUAAAAUUACUGUAAAACUUACGGGAAUUCCUGAGAUUAUGAUUAAACUCAGACUGACCUGGUGUUUCUCCAUCGCAGCAAUAACUCUUAGAGAUUUUUCAGCACUCAGAAUAAAUUGUCUCGUCGUUUUCACGAAAUUUAAGGGUGCAAGCUGCUACUUAGAUGCAAAAACAUUUUAUGUGGCAUUUUGAUGAUUUUGAGAGAGCUGCGUUUAAAGUUGAAACACAUAGAUGUUGGAACUUAUCUGAAGUAUCAUACAUAUUGAUAUCAUGCAUAUUGUUCAUGCAUUCGAUUAUUUAUUUGAUUUACAAGCGUUCCUGUAAAAAUUGCUCAUAAAACCCUUGCCAAAGAGCUUAGGUAUCUAAGAUGUGAAAUUAUGACGCAUGCGGUGCCUUUUGCACCUCCGAUAUAUUGUGUUCAAUACUUGUUUUUACAAGCUCAGUACCAAGAAUGUUUUAAAUUGUUUGCCCAUUGACGCAAACUUUACUUUUUCUCUAAGAUCGUGUGCGGUUCUGAAAAACUUUCGACAGUUUGAGAAGCGACAUUCUUUCCGACGAAUCAGAAGUCAGCACAGUUAACAUUUGACUAGCAUGAAUCUCUUUAGAAUGUGUUACAAAAUUACUGCAACACCUUAGCAAUCAAUAAAAUUGAAUUUCUAGGCAAUAAAUAGAGGCCACUACGCCAAAAAAAUUGUUCAUUCCCAUUAAAUCAAUUGUUGCAGGCUCUUUUCUUCUUAAUCAUCUUCUUCCCCUUCCUCUAUCUUAAACGAAUUAUUCACUGUAAUUUGUAAAUUAUUUGAAAAAUAAAUGAAAUCCAAUCUCA